AUGGCGAACGCCGCCCUUCUUCUCCUCAUCACUGUGCUGGCCACUACCAGCGGCAUCACUUCAGCCACGGCCGGCCGCAGCGGAACCCAGCAGCCGGCGGCAAGGAGAAGUCGUUUUCUGCUUGUUGGUGGCGCUGCACACCUGCCUUUGCCAACCUACGACUGCUCGAAGAAGUUGAUCGAAGCAUGCCUCGCGACGGGGACGACGUGCUGCAGCGGCCAGUGCGUGGACACCGUCGCCAGCGCCCAGCACUGCGGCGGUUGCAACAAGGCGUGCAAGCACGGCCGGACGUGUUGUGGCGGGCGCUGCGUGGAUCUGCUCUCCGACAAGAAGAACUGUGGCACUUGCUCUAACCAAUGCAGCAACAAGUGCGGCUACGGCUUCUGCGACUACGCGCAGUAA